UGUCGAAAGUGCCUAUCUACAUCUACAUCUACCUGUUUACAUUGCGUCGGUGUUGGUUGUCGCCAAGAGCCCGUGCCGAAACCUGAUGCAGCACACUCUCUGCCUGCAGUGCAAUCUGUGCCUGUUGCUGUGGAUGAACGAACGGUUUGUGCAGGUGACGCAAGAUCCGGGUGCUUGCAGAGGAAGAUCGCAAGGAGAAGAGCGCCACGUCGGCAGUACAUUCAGUUAAACCCCAUACUUUUUUCUUUUUUUGCAAAAAAGUUCUGCAACCUCGCAAGCUCUUCCAGGGGCAGAAAAAAAUAUAGCAAUCGCUAGCGCGCCAUCGUGGUGCUAUAAGAAGAGUUUGGUUAAUUGUUGAAAUUGCAGUGGCAUCAAAGACGCACUAUUCAUUGGUCACAGGUGGGAUUUUCGGGGACGGAGACUAAUAUUAGAUAACGAACAUCAGCGGCGGAGCGCAGAAAGUGCUGGAAACAAUGGUCAAGAACGUAAACGCAGAGGUGCAACAGACUGGCAGUGGCAUCAUCGAGUGCCCAGAAGAACCCGAAUGUUCAGACAACGGUCCAGUUGAAGCCACAGAGAGCCCGAAUGGUAAAGACGGGAAGGAGCACCCCGUGGCCCAGCCCAGCAUGAUCUGGCGCGUGACCGGGGGUCUCUUCGGCGCCACCAAGACGGUGGUGGGGGCGACAGUAGGCGGCGUGGCCUGGGUGGGGGGCAAGAGCCUGGAGAUCACCAAGACGGUGGUCACCUCCGUGCCCUCGGUGGGCGUGGGCCUGGUGAAGGGCAGCGUGUCAGCCGUGGCAGGGGGCGUGUCCACCGUGGGCUCUACAGUGGCCAGCAAGGUCCCUUUUACGGCCAAGAGGAAGGACAAGGCCGAGUGAGGAGAGCGGUGGGGACGUAUAGGAGAUGAAAGAUGUGCUGACAACUUAUGAUGAGGAUGAGGAGCGUGAGGAUGAAGAUGUGAGAUGAUGAUGAUGAUGAUUAUGCAGAGGAGGAACACGGGACACUUGUCAUUACUCCACCACCUGAGCCAUGACACUAUUCCAAAUGACAGUGGCCUGUUGUGAGAAGAAAAGAGCUCUGCUUUGUGGGGCAUAAGCAGAGAUGUAUGUGGGACCGCCAUACUUUUCUUUUUUUUCAUUUUCUUUUGAAAAUGUUGCUUUGUUUGUGUGUUUUUGUGCUUCUGUCUGUUGUGCGUGGCGACCCAUGUCUUGUGUGUCUCUUUUUGUUUCCAGUGUUUUGUAUCUUAAGUGUCUGGUGGGAGUGAGACCACCCUCUCAAAUGGUUGUUUCUCAAGCCAGUGAAAAAGAAAGACUAUCAUUUCCCGAGGAUUCCGUUUAAUGCCGUUGAAAUGCAAUAACUGUUAUCAGUCUUCUGUUUGUUGGACUGUUAUGUAUGGAAUGUGUGUGUUUGUUUGUGUGUGUGUGUGUGUGUGUGUGUGUGUGCGCACAGUGUAAUUAUAUCCAUUGCAGACUUGCCAGCCACAAAAUAAGGGGAACAUAAAUAAUUUCAUGUGCAAAAAAAACCCAAGAACUACCCGCCUGACUGAACUGAUGUGAAAUGACAGUGCUGGUUUUCGAAUCAAAGAGUAGUGCUACGGAUAACUAACGGAGUCCGUACUUGUAUCCAGAGCUGUUUAAUGUUUUUACUUCUAAAGAGCUUUAAAACAGAAUGAAAUAAAAUAAAUGGUGUAUUUAUUGAGCAAGGGCUAUUUUUGUGUGGCACAACAACAGUGGCUCCUAUCCUAGCUGUACUUUGAAACCAUAUCUAUAUGGACAUUUCAAUGGAAUUACUGUUUCCAAUGCCUACUGUGUGUAUGUGUGUGUGUGUUUACUUCGGUGCAAUUAGAAUGUCGAGAAGAAGUGCUGUACCAUGCUGAUGCCCCGUGCCCAGUCAGCAGCACCAAGCCCUUGGAGUUGACCCAGAGCUGCCCUGGCAAAGAGCCAGAACCUUACAGUACAGUACCCAGGUCCGAUCCAAAAGUCGGUUAAUCCGAGAAACGUGCUGGUUUUUACUCUUUGUUGUAAUAAAGCCAUUUUGGAAAUAAUGUGGUCUACUCUA